AUGAAAAAGGUACAUACAACAGUCGCUGUAAACCUGUUAGUUGUGAUAGGUAGUCGACGUCCAUCUGCUCUCCAGUGGAUCUUUUCAAUCCAUAAAGUUGCGUCACGUUGCUGCCGGCUGUGGUUACAUGUAGUAAAAUCCACCACAAACUUUUCAUGGUCUUAUGCAAUAUGUCGCUCCACACCUCAUGGUGGCAGUGUGCGUGCUUUCCUCUUAUUUAACUCAAUAGAUUGA